AGUUUGAUGGGUUAAGCUACGACGGGAGAGCUAAGAACGAGUCAAGCAUCGCAGUUAAAUGGCGAUAUUGUUACGGACGUGCAGUCGGGCUGUGUGGUUUACCUCAAGUAAACGAGCUAACCAUUAGCUAACGAUGAACCUGUUCCCAGCAGCAGUCACGAUGGCACACAACGCCGCUCUUAGCAACGUACAGGGUCUGCUCUCCUCCAUGGCAGGGGGCGUCAACAGCCCUCUCAAACAAGACGUAGGUGCAACCGGGUACACCAAAAACGGGGACUUCAUCUACAUAAAACACGAGGACGGUCAGCACGUACUGCUACCCACAGCGCUCGCGCAGCAACUCACUCAGUACACCCCCGCGGGGAUACUGCCGUCCAGCGCACUGAUGAAGAAGGCACGCAAGCGAGCCCCCAACUGGAGUAAUGAGGAACAGGCUUGUUUGGUAAGUAUCUGGUCGGCCCCGGACAUGCAGGAGAAGUUCAAGAAAGCCACCCGGAAGUGGCCCCUGUGGGAGGAGAUGGGUAAGAUGCUGGAAAGAGCCGGUUUCUACGGUCGAGACGCCAAGCAGUGCGAGGCGCUGAUGCACAGGCUGAAGAGCACAUACUACCGAUGUGUGAACCACAACAGACAGCCCGGAAAUGAGCCACAAUACUGUGCUUUCUACAACGAGAUUGAUGCUGUGCUCAGUCAGAAGGACGCUUGCAAGAGCUACGUGGAAAGUGACGAAGAAUCACGUGUCAGCGACGGGGACCUGGUAUUAGAGGGAGAACGGGGGGACUCAGACGAGGAGAAAAACAACAGUAACAACACCAACAACACCAACAACAACACUGUUAACAGCAGCAGUAAUGUCAACCAGGACCACCUGAAACAGUUCGUGGAACAGUUGGCAGAGUCCCAACUUCAGAACCAGCUCAAGGCUUCCUAUCCUGCCUCUUUGCUGCCGAUGACCAGUCUGGCAGACAACAAGCUAGGAGCAGUAGACUACGCCUCCUUAAUGAAGCUCCUCAAAGCUGACACGAUGACGUCUACUCCUUCCAAAACCUCUCCUAAAAUGGCGGAUAGCACCACCAUGGGGUCACCAGGCUGCAAGACGACGGUGCCCUCCUCUCUGAUGUCCACCAUGGCUAGUCCUCCAAUGAGCAUGCCCAGGACACCCCAGAACAAUAAGAGACCGCGUCCUGCCUCUCCUAGUCUCAUCAACUUCUCUACUGAAGAGUACUUGCAGAAUAUCCUGACGCAGUCUCAACUCCACGCACUGAGUGUCCCGGGAAAACUGCCGGGUCCUUACAACUCACUCCAGGACCUCAAGCUGUUGAACAGGACCACGACCACAGCUAGCAACGUCACCAACUCUCUUCACUCCACCACUGUGGGGGUGUCUAACCACGACCUUGAUAGAGUGUGCUCCACCAUCACUGAUAAAUUGCUGGAGUAUUUUCAAGCGCGAGACCAAGCGUUCCUGUCCCUGAACGAAAAGAGAAUCCGAUUGGAGGAGGAAAGGGAGAGAAAGAGAGUGGAGAGGGAAGCUGAAAUAGAGCUGAAGAGACAUCAUCUCAUUGUGAAGGUCUGCGAGCUGAUUACCAACAAAUGUAACAAUCCUGUUUCCAUGGUUACCUCACCCUCCCCUGUACCGUCUCCCUUGGUAACCCCUGAGUCCAACAUCAAAGAGAGCUGAACAGUGAGCCCUUCAACUCGACCACAAGAUAAGAUCUUGAUAAUAUCCCCCGAGACUGCUCGAAUAUUCCAGUGGAACUUGAGGACAUCAUCAUCCGCGACUGGAUGCAUCGAAACACCAGGAUUAUUAUCGUGAAACAGUGAUAAAAGAACGGUUGCUUAACCCGCUCUGUCUGGGAAAGCAAACUUUAUCAAUUAUCAGAAAACAAUUCAUCCAUUCUCAUUCGGAUAUGAGAUAAACACUGAUUGAUGAGAAAGUAAUUUAUUUGCUGUGAAUAUGAACAAUUUUAUAAUCUCUGUACUACGGAGAGCAUCAAGCUGUUAAGAAGAAAUGUAUUUAACCUUAAACUUAAGAACACCGUGGUCAAUGUUAUUGUUAAUCAUCUGAGACCACUUUCAAUUGAUUUGUCUGUUUCUGUAUAGCUGAUCAUUUGAAUUCUUGUCUCCUUAAAACUAACAUCGUCCAAUUUUCCAGCUUACUUGUGCACAAAAAGUGUAACUUUUAGCAGGUAAUUAUAAGUUAGUUUUACUUUAAGCUAGCGCGAGCCAAAAUCUGUUACAAACUCCAUUCUCUCUGACUUGACGAACUACGUCAUUAUUUUCACAACUAUUUAUUAAAUAACCUAUAUUUGACGCUGUUUCUCUUUAAAUUAUUUGAAACUUACUGUGUGAAGCAGUCCUUAGAGUUAGAUCCACCAAUGUCACGGUGGCACGAUAUUUUGCUGUAUUUUUACUGCUGUGAUACCGCGCUACAAGUAUGUAUGAUUAAGUAUUCAGUUUGAUUUAUGUAAUUUUGGCUGUGUUUCUAUUUCAAUUACCAAUUUGCUAUUAUUAAUAUUAUUCAUCAAGAUUUAGGUUGUGAAUAAAUGGAAUUUGUUUAAUUUAGUUUAUUAAUGUCACUCAUCAUCAAUACAGCAGCAAUUUAUCAAUGCAAACUUCUCUAUUCUCUACUAAGAAAUUGCAUCACAUCUCAUUUCACCAGAUUAACGGGUAUAAUUUAAUUUAUUUGAAGCUCAACAUAUGUACAGGGUGUUUCAAAAGUCAUAAUGUAUAGUACAUAAUGUAUAGUACAU